CAGCGGUUGGUCGUUCUCCCCCAUCCGCAUAUAAAUACCUCUGUACUACCAUGUUGCACCUUCGUCAUUAUAUACCUGAACUCGGUUGUUUGUCAAUUCGUGGUCCACAGGAAUGCCUAUUCCGUCUGCUCCUCUGCGCCCGCUCGCUGAGGUAACUACUGACAACCAUGGUGCGGUUGUAUCAGUUACUGCAUUUGUUCUCCUUUCCAUCACAGUUAUCAUAGUGUUGAUCAAGUCUUUGUCAAUGAUUUACCUGAAGCGAGUAGUACUCUCGGUUGACGUUCCAAUAUGGACUAGCACAAUAAUAGCGCUGGUCCAAAGCAUUUUGAUACAAUUUGCCGUCGACCAUGGCCUGGGAAUGCAUCGCGAUGUCCUUUCCAGUAGCAUAUUUGAUACUUAUAACCAGCUUAUUUACGUGGCGGAACUUCUCACUUUUUCGGUUCUUUCUCUGACCAAAAUAUCAACGAGCAAUCUGAUCCGCCUGAUCAAUGCAAACCAGUCUAUCGAUCGAUCAAAUAAAGUGACGCAGAUCGUGAUUUUGGGAUGGACAGUACUGGCACACCUUGGAUACGCGUUCCAAUGUCAAACACCGCAUUGGCGGUAUAUACGUAGUCAGUGCGUUGGAGAGGUGAGAGCCAGAGUCAGGGAAACUAAAGCUAAAUUCGAAUGCUAUGCUAAGGUCUGCCAGGGUGCCAUCAUGUAUUGGAUUAUGACAAUCAAUAUGUUGAUCGACGUGGUACUUGUGGUUCUGCCAACCAUCAUGUUGUGGAAUGUACAAAUAUCGUUCGCUCGUCGCCUGAAGGUGAUGGCCGCAUUUGCGUCUCGCACGGCAGUCAUUGUUGCUGAUGCCUUUCAGCUAUCCUAUCUAGGACAGUAUUUACAUUCUACUGAUCCCACAUGUUGGUCAUCCGCGCAUAUUGAAAUCAGGCACUGAGCUAAGACAUUCAUGUUUAGGGACGGUUCUUGGCGUCAUCGUUUGCAAUCAGUAAGGAGGUUUCCUUGACAUUAUCUCGGUCCUAGAAAUGCACUGAGUCCGUUUCCCCUACGCGGUACUAAUCUUUAGUUCUAUUUGGUAGAGUGAUGAUGAAUGCCG